AUGGACUCGAGCAGUGACAAUGCAAGCAAGAAACGAACAAGAAAGUGGCAUCAGCGGGGGUUUUCGGGCUGCUCGACAUGCAAAAAGAGACAUGUCAAGUGUGACGAGACGGCACCGGCAUGUUUGAACUGCACCAGACGUGGUAUAGAAUGUGACGGUGCCCACCAGAACGCUACAUUCAAAGUAUACAUGCAAACACCACCUGUACCUGCCUCGAGUCAAGAAAUGACAAAGGCCCACGGGCCUGCUACAGCCAACGGCAACUACAUGCAAUCAAUCGAUAUGAAGGAGAACUACCUAGCCCAGAACAAAGACGGCUCGCAGAAUGGAACAUUGGGCUUUGAUGAAGGAAUAUACUAUUCUUACUUUGUGGAGACAGCGUCUACAUUUCUCUCCAGAUACGAAACACCAUACCACUCGAAUCCGUUCAGAAGCAUGUUCCCACAAUAUGCAUGUACGUCCAGGAUACUAUCCAAAGCGAUGGGCGCCGUGGGGGCACUUCACCUUGCAAACACGACUGCCGGCCAGGAUAGAGCCGUGCAUCUCCACCAUGCCAUGAAUGUGUAUGGGGAAAUUGUGCAGUCUCUCGGGCAAGCCUGGAGUAACCCUAGAUGCCACUUCAAACUUGCGGAUUUUGCAACUUGUUUGCUUCUAUGCGUCUUCGAGGUCGAAAACUGGAAGGUGCAUCUAGCUGGAGCUCGGGAUAUCUUCAACUCGCUUGACUCCUCAACAGCGGCACUAUCACGCGGGCAAACCAAUCCUCUGGACCAACCAUUCAAUGAUUUCCUAGUCUCUCUGAUGGAGUAUCUUGAAGUUGUGGGUGCGAUAUCCACAAAUGAAGGAAUGACACAGCGAGUCCCUUACCGUGAAGUCUAUGGCAACGGACAGCAAAUCCCUUUUGAAUCCCCAACAAUUAACUCAGGGCGUUAUGCCCUCUCCAACAAUAUACGCCACGCCUGGACUGAAUUAUUAGGUAUCAAAGCAGAUAUCAAUUCGUUCCACGGCGCAAAGAGCCAUGGCAUGUUAGCAAGAGACGAAGACAGUAUCCGCCGAGGCUUGGAAACCAGACUAGCAUCAUGGGAAGCAGCCUUCUGGUUCAAGGGUAUAUCCGAUAUUCAUGAGAAUGACAGCUUGCCGGAAAUCAUAGCAUUUGUCAAAGCUCAUGAACAAGCAACGAUAAUCUACUUGCACAGGGUUAACGCCAGCGGACGCCAGAGAACACACCACUCACCUGCACAUGUGCGAACCGCAGUGCGCCGCAUCUUAUCACUGGCAAAGAGGAAUGCAAGGGGAAUUGGAAGACUAGCCAUGCAUUGGUCCAUGUACAUGGCUAGCCUAGAAGCUGUGGAUGAACAUGAUCAAGCCUUUAUAAAAGAAUGGUAUGAGGAAACCACCUCCUUUGGGUUCAGAGUUCGUCACUUCAUCAUAUAA